AUAUGGCGAUGGCUACAGCUUCACGUUCUAGUGGUGCUAACAUGGCCUCAUCCUCCUCCCCCUCCUCCUCCCAGCAGUCCCCACCUGGUCCCCUUCUGUCCAAUGGGACUACUUCUGGCACCUGGGAGAACAACUUCGGACAGGGUUUCACUGCUCAACAGGUGAGUGACAUCAACACACAGUUGGCGCAGACGAGGACACAGAGAGUGCGGGCUGCUAUCUUCCCGGAGACCCUGGAGUCGGGCACAGUGUUCCCCUAUCCCCAGAGGGACCCCUCGAACCCCACUGCAGUGCAGAAGCUGAGUGAGCCGAGCCACAUGUUGAAACAGGCAGUCACUGGCAUACUCAACUACCAGGAUGAUGCAGACCUAGUGGUUCGAGUGGCGCCUGAACUGAUCCGCCUCCUCACCAGCAGAGAUGUGGCCUCAGUGGCGUCUGCCCAGUUGAUGGUGAACCAGCUGUCGAAGAAGGAGGCCAGCAGAGUGGCCAUGGCCAAGAGUGCCCCUCUAGUGGCCGCCAUGUGUGGAUCACUACAAACAGCGAAUCAGCCGGAGAAUUGCAUCAACAUCUGCAGCACUCUCUGCAACAUGUCCAGGAACAGUGUGGGUCUGCUGGCCAUAUACAGUGGGGGAGUGAUACCUCUACUCGUCAAACUACUAGGCUCAUCGGUGGAGAAAGUGGUGUUCCUCUCCAUGACAUGUCUCCACAAUCUACUCCUACAUCAGCAGGGAGCCAAGGAGAAGAUCAUCCAGGCAGGGGGAGUGGUCAAAAUAUCCCAGCUAUUCAAGGUCAACAAUGCCAAAUUCCUAGCACUGGCUGCAGACUCGCUACAGAUGCUAGCAUAUGGAUUAGAAGAGGUGAAAGAAGAAAUUGCUUCAACUGGAGUGUUGGAAGAACUCAUUCGAAUCAUGAGCUCGGCCGAGUAUGAGAAACUGUUGUGGACGUGCAGUCGGCUGCUCAAAGUGCUCUCGGUGAAUGGAAAAGCGAAGGUCACGUUGGUCCAAACAAGUGCCAUGCAGAUUCUGGGUGGACUUCUCACCCAGCAGCCGACGCCCAUGAAUAAGAGCAUAGUGUCCAACUGUCUGUGGACAUUAAGGAACCUGUCGGACGUGGCGAGUAAGAACGACAACGUGGAUAAUCUGAUUCAGAAGUUAGUCACAUUUCUGUCGAGUGGGGAUCUGAGUUGGGCUACUUGUUCAUCGGGAGUGUUGUCUAAUCUCACUUGUAAUAACAGCAGAAACAAGACAGUUUGCACACAGGUGAGCGGAGUGCAGGGUCUGGUUGCAGUUGUGAAGCUGUGUCUGGAGAACUCAGUGCCAGACAUGACUGAGCCAGCGAUCUGUGCCCUCAGACACAUCACAGCCAGACACCACGAGGCGAACACCGCCCAGAACAGUGUGAGGAAGGAAGGUGGCAUCCCCCUCGUGUGUGAGAUGUUGGAGCGGAACCAGGCAGGCAACAAUUGGCCAGUGAUCAAAGCAGUGAUUGGACUGGUGAGGAAUCUGGCUCUGGCAGCUGCCAAUGUGUCCAUCCUCAGCCAGUGCAAUGCCGUCAUGCAUCUGACAGGUCUCCUGCAGUAUGCAUUUGGCAUUCUGCAACACGAGGCCUCAACUGGAGUGGCGGAGAGUCCGGAUGCGUUCGAUGGAGUGAGGAUGGAGGAGAUAGUAGAGUGGAGCACAGCCGCCCUGCACAUUCUGGCCAGGAACCCAAACAUCAGGGCAGCUAUGCGCAGUUUGAAUGUGGUGCCGAUGCUGAUCCAGAUUCUGUUCUCCCAGAAUGAGAACAUGGUCAGGGUGGUGUGUGGACUGUUGAAUGAACUCAGCAGGGACGAGGAGGGAGCCAGAGUCAUCGAGAUGGAAGGAGCGAGUGAACAACUGCAGAGUCUGGUGCAUGCCACGGACACCCACAUAGCCGCCUACUCUGCCUCAGUCCUCUACAACAUCCUCUCUUACAUGGACAACAAAAGCUCACAGGUGGAGCACAUGAAGCGUCUCUCUGUGGACUUGACUAACCAGAUGAACAAUGAAAUCAGGAGGACAGGUGGGGACCCCCAACAUGACAACCUCAUGAUGAUAGGAGAGGAGACUCAGAGGAACUUCAGCGGGACUGAGGACCAGUGGCAGAACAACAACAGUAAUCAACAACAAUACCAUCUGCAUCAGGACACUACCUCUCAACAGCAGCAACAACACAUAGGCAUGUAUGGCUCAGACUUGUAGAAGAGGAGACGAAAGAAAGAAAAGAUGGUAACAAUUAACAAUAACUAGCCACUAAUAGAAAACAAUACCCUGCUUGCGAAAACAAAGGAAACGCAUUUUUUGUUUGGAUUACCCUGCAAUAUCAUCACCAUGAUAUGGAAAAGGCGAAAGUCUCUUGAUGAUUGAUGAAUUACUGAGAGCGUGAAACUUACAGAAAACGAAAAGCUGAAUUGGACAAAAAGCUAUGACGAGAUCAGUAAAAGUUCAAUGGUAUCAGAAUUGUCAGCAAACACAAAGCAGCUUAAAAUGGAAGUGUAAAAUGAAAAAUCAACCAAGCAACGUUCCCUCUAGCUAUGCUUUUAUUUUGAAAUCGAUCCCGUAUAAAAUAUGCAUUUCAA